AUGGAUUUGAAGACACUGAAUUUGUUGUCAUUUCGCAGGAUGGUUGAACUUAUGAUGAAUUUGGCCUCAUUAAGCUCUCUAGCUCUAGUACAGUAUGCAAUGAGCUUAAUGGUUUAUCCUCCGUGGAUGCUAGGUAUUGGACAGAAUGAUGGUAAGUGUGAUGUCGAUGAGCAUAUUAUGGAUGUCAACUUCUCGGGCAAAACAAGUCUCACUAGCGAGUCUCGUUCAUCAUGGUUGUCUAAGAGGUUUGAUGAGGAGUUAAGAGAUAAUACCAAGAUGAAAGUGACAGAUUUCAUGAAGACUGUAAGGAAACAUUAUGCCAUAGAUGUAACUGAGGCUCAAGUUUAUAAAGCCAAGAGUUUUGCAAAAAUCAGAAUUCAAGUUAGUAUUGAAGAGAAAUAUGGAAAGUUGAAAACACAGAGACUUGGAGUUGUUUCUUUGACAUAUUCUUUCAAGAUGUUGGUAUUCAAAAUGGCAAUGGCAACUAUGGCAACAACAUUACCUGUAUUUGAGGCUGAAAUAGUGCAGAUGUUGGGUCAAUCUAAGGCAGCAUAUAAGUGGCUUGAGGAGAGACCAGCUGCUCAUUGA